GACUUGUCCUCUUCCUCAUUUGACUUGACAGCCUGUUGAAAGAAAGUCGGAGUGAACCUUGUUGAAUUACUGUUGAUCGUUGGCUCAUUGAGAUUUGCUCAAAUUAAACAAGUGCUAGGCCGUCAUCAAAAUGAAAUUCUGAAGAGGAUCAGUGGCAAAUCGGGACAUUUCACUCGUUAGGAGGAACCUCGACCAUUGCUCUGCAUCGCAAUCAUUCGGCCUCAACAAGACCUUUGCUUGACUGCCGAAAUCGUAGCAAUUACGUGAUUUAAAAUACUUGGAAAGUUAGGACCACGUUUUAACAGAUUCGAUAUGCAACGCGGUACAUCUUUGAUGAGCAAACUUGCAGGCAAACCAAAAUACGAAGAUGAUCAUGGAAAUAGAAAAUGGAUUCACCCGGACAGGGCUCUUUCAGAGAAUUUUGUCAUUUAUCAAGCCAGGUAUCUUGGUUGCACUGAGGUUGAAGCUCCAAGAGGAAUUGAAAUAAUUAAAGAUGCCAUCAAAAAAAUUCAGUUUCAGCAUGAGAUUAAGAAAAGCGAAGCUGGGAAGAAAGGUAGCAAACUACAGAAGGUCGAGAUUUGGAUUUCAAUUGAUGUUAUCAAAGUCAUUAAUAUUAAAAACAAGGAGGUGAUUACCCAGAAGCCAUUGCACAGGAUAUCAUAUUGUGCCGAUGAUCACCAAGAUAAGAAACUUUUCUCUUUUAUUGCAAGAGAACAGGAUUCAAGGGCCCACAACUGUCACGCUUUUGUCACUGAACGAGAGGCUGCUGAACUAACAGUUACAUUGGGGCAAGCAUUUGAGUUGGCAUACAAAAGGUACUUACAAAAAGGGAAAAAGCAAGAUUCUAAGGAAAACAAAGAGGUUAAUGAUUUGAGAAAGCAGAUUGAGCAAGCUAGAAUUGAGAAUGAGCUGCUUAAGAAGCAGUUGAAUGGGGGCAACAAUGAUGUGAAUUCUCGAAGGACACAAAGCAGCAGUUCGAUUGGUUCAAAUAAUUCCAACCCCGCGUCUACUUCUGUAGCCCCGCCAAAGCAACCACAACCAUCACUCUUAGUCGGUUUUGAAACUGCGCAGCAGCCUGAACAGCAGCAAGAGGACAGUUCUUUCGAUCCGUUUGACAACUACUUGUCAAAUUUGGCUGAAAAAAGGGGGUUGGGUGUAGCUCACGAGGACCCUUCGUUAAGAGCUCCUUUCCAAAGUCCGCUACAGAAGGAUUCUGGUGAAAGAUAUGAUUUCCAGAGCCCGCUACAGAAAGCUCCUGAAGAAAACCCGUUCAGCUUUCAGCCGGAUGCAAAUGGAAACCCAUUUGAUGCGUUCUUUAGUGAUACAUCUUCAUCUGCUGCAGGUGUUAUGCCUGAGCCUGAGGCCACAAUACCAGAUUAUAACUCUCAAGCCGCAAAGCCAUCUGCUGGGGCACAGUUUCUUCCACCUCCACCUUCAAAACAAAGUAUAAAAGCUGCAAAUGCUUUGAAGAUGAAGCAGCCGAAUGCAAGGUCACCAGAACCAGCACAAGGCACUCUGAAUGUGCAAAAUGGAAAUACAACAAUUGAGAAUGCACCACAAGAUUUACUUGGCCUGGACAUGAAAAAGGAUGAAAGCGUCAGUUCUUUGGAAAAAAGCCUUGGAGCAGGUCUUCAGUUCGACUCUUUUGACUUUGAUCCCUUCAAGUGAUUUUUAAAGGCAAGGUUACUCAAGAAAAUAUUCAUAGUUUCUAAAAUGAGAGCAGGUAUAUAUAUAAAUAGUGUAGGGUGUUGCAUUUUCGACUUUCUAGCUUCUUUGGUUGUUUAAGAGUAUGCUAUUACAAAUAUGCUGCCCCAAAUCAGUGAAAGGCACCAAAUCGUUUAUUCCAAGCAUCAUAUCAAUUGAAAUACAGAGGAGUUAAUUAUCAGAGGGUAUGCUUAAACUGAAUCUUAUUUUUAUUUUUGGGUAUAAUAUUUUAAUUUGUUUCUUUUUGUUGAUCAGUUUUUAUUUCAAAAAUAAAGUUUAAUGUUUAUUAACAGUACAAGGUUUGGUUUUUGGUUCACUGAAAGUCAUUACUGACACAGAAUUAUAUUAUAACCCCUUCUUGCUAAUGAUGUUCAAUAUUUCAGCUUCCUUCAGAAGAGGCAAGUCUGAAAGGUUGUCAAGAUUCUGAUUCAGGAUUUUUAUAGAUAGUGAUUCUGGCUCCACAGUUUGAACCUUUCAUUUAGCAAUGUGAUUCAGGCUUGGCCAUAGCUGAAGGGAACCUGAAUCAUGAUGCCUGAAUGGAACUGAGACUGUCUCCCUUUAACUGUUCACAAAAAUCAAGCUGCCCUCCAAGAAUCAAUUGUUUUUUAUUUCUAUUUCUUUAUAUCCAUGAAUAGUUAGGAAAGUGCUAGGAGAACUGUUUACUACUCCACUGCUAAAAGUCUUAUGGCCAGGCCUGUUGAUUUGGUGACCCCUUAUUGUUUGACUUGUUGAUCAAACUUUAGGAAUAAUCAUGAGAAGUUUGUAAACAAAUAUAUGCCAAAGCAAAGAAAUAAUUCAAAUUCCAUAGAAUGUAACUGCUGUUAAAUCAACCAGUGAAGUGUUUUAAAUGGCCACUUAUGAUGAUCCUUUGCGAGUCUGUUUUGGACCAGGAAUUAAUAUGCUAUUUCCAAAAUACCAGUCUUUAAAUCCCCCACCUGUCAACAAUAAAAUCAACAAGACUAGUGUAAGGGUUGCUGAAAUUGUUCGUUGGGAAAGGGUCUAAUGGGGGAGGAGGGUGUUGGUGAAGAGCUCCUCAGGAUAAAUUAUCAGAUUUUACCCUUAAUGAUAUCAAAAAGUACAGCAUAUAGAUUUAUAGUUUAUAAAGAAUACACUAAUCUAAAUGUUUAGCUGGAUGUGUCUUAUCUUCUCAAGUUUUAUUCUUAUUGAAAAAAUGCCUUAAUUAAAUGUCUAUCAGUCCAUUUUAGAUAUAUAGUGAUUAGAAUUAGUACAAGAUAAAUUUUAUUUUUUAUGAAAUUGAAUUUAAAUUCCAUUAUUUUGGUGCAUUUUGUAUCUUUCCAUAUCAUUUUUUGCAUAUGGCUACUUGUCUUGUGUAUUUUGAAGAACAGAAAUAUAUUUGUUUUGUUUGCUAAAUGUUUGAGCAGAUAUCAACUCUGACUACCUAAAUGCUUGAGGAAUCCCAAUUUAAUAUUUGGUUUAAGGUCCCAUUCUAUCUUCUGUAAUACAGGCUCUUCCUUGUAUUUGCUUUCCUCUCAUAACCUUGGCUAAAAAUGUUUUCUGUCAUCAUGCUUUUUUGCUGGUAGCUGUUAAAUUUUUGUUAGUAAAAAAUCCAUAUUGUAACUGUGCAUAUAUGCUUCUGUGUUGAUUUCAACUUGAUAUACAGCAUUUCAACCCCCUUUAAGCAAGUAGAGCAAACUGAUAUAUUAAGUGUAAAGAUAGUAUCUUGCAGAUGUUAUAUUCCAUAAUAUGCUAUUAGCUGGACGUUGGACCUUCCACACAAAUAAAAUUUUGCGGAUGAAGAGUAAUUUAUGUAGAAUUUUAUUGAGAUUUGAUAUUUGAUAAUAGAUUUAUAUUGUGUCCAA